ACAAUUGUUGAACAAUCCCCAUUUAGCAAAACUUAUGCUCCAUGCCUACAUUGUAUAAUCAAAGAUUCAAACUUUAGAACUUCAACACACGCACCCUCAUGAUCGCUUAAUAAGAGUAGCUUAAGUGUUCACUUCUCUUAUGCAUGGAGCAUAAGUUUUUGGGCUUUCAUCCAAAAGGAAAAAAACAGCAUAAGUUUUUGGGAUUUAUGCACUAAUUUUCUCCAAUUUUUAGUGGGAGUGUCCCAAUAAAAGAAGUCAGAGAUGCCGAGUCAGCUUCUCCAAGCUGUGAUGCGUCCGCCAUGGCAUCUCCACUCUCUCUCCAAAACCAAAACCUUUUCCCUUCUCUCUCCUCUAAUUUUAAACCCCUUCUACACUCCCUCCUCCGCCACCUUCCGCGCGAAAAUGUCGGCCAACUCGUCAACUCUUACUCACUCUAUUUCUCUGGCUUCUCAACUAGCUCAGCCCGUUCAAAUUGUCGCCGCUCCUGGGGUCUCCGAUUCGGAAUUCUGGAACGCCAUAGAUUCAUCUUUGUUCAAGCAGUGGUUGAAGAACAUGGAAAGUGAGACUGGGAUUUUGUCUGGAGGUGAUUUGUCUCUGAAACAAGUCUUGAUUCAGGGAGUGGAUAUGUUUGGAAAGCGUAUUGGGUUUCUCAAAUUCAAAGCAGAUGUUUUUGACAAAUCAACUGGCAAUAAGGUUCCAGGUAUAGUAUUUGCCCGAGGACCGGCUGUGGCCAUUCUGAUUCUUUUGGACUCAGAAGAUGAGACUUAUGCUGUUCUCACUGAACAGGUGAGGGUCCCUGUUGGUAGGCUCAUUUUGGAAUUGCCUGCUGGAAUGUUGGAUGAUGACAAGGGAGAUUUUGCCGGGACUGCAGUUCGCGAGGUUGAAGAAGAAACUGGUAUAAAAUUAAAUGUAGAAGACAUGAUAGACCUCACAGCCUUCCUUGAUCCAUCUACUGGGUGCAGUGUUAUUCCUUCUCCGGGAGGGUGCGAUGAAGAAUUAAGCAUGUUUCUAUACAGAGGGAAAGUUGAUAAAGGAGUUAUUGCACAGCUGGAAGGUAAAGAAACAGGUCUUCGUGAUCACGGGGAGCUGAUCAAGGUUCGUGUUGUUCCUUAUGCUAAACUAUGGCGCAUAACAGCUGAUGCAAAGGUUUUAACAGCCAUUGCUCUGUAUGAAAUGGCAAAACGAGAAGGUCUCUUGUCUCCUCCAAAGUAGAACUUGUCUUUCCCUUCCAGUGAAAUUUAUAAAGAAUAAUCUGUUUUUCUGUCUGAAAACUGAUAUGAUUUAAGCAGAACUUUAGAUACUUUUGGUCU